UGAUAGAGCCGCUCGGAGCGAGCUCUUCGCUCUCGGGGACGCUCGGGGAUGCGCGAAGAUAUCUUGCUAGUGAUGGUCAGCUGUGACGGGAAGGACUGCGGAAAUGCGCCUUAGGCAUGUAACUCUGAUUUUCAGGGAUACCCUACGGCACCACAAUGUUCGUGUACGGUUCCGAAAUAACGUAGACAUGUAAUAUGUGCGCGCGAAGACUAAUUUCACGGUGAAAAUCUGGCGUGAACGGUGCCGCGGCGGGUCGGGGAUCAUGGCGUCGGUCUCCGGCGAGGCCCCAGCCAGCCAUGGGCACACAUUCAGCAAGAAAACGUUUCACAAGCCCACCUACUGUCACCACUGCACCGAUAUGCUAUGGGGGCUCAUACAGCAGGGGUACAUCUGCGAAGUUUGCAACUUCGUGGUGCACGACCGCUGUCUGAAGACCGUGGUCUCGCCCUGCUCCAGCAUCGCCGCCAGCCUCAUCAAGAACCCUGUGGCCCAUUGCUGGUCCGAGCAGACUCACCACAAGCGCAAGUUCUGCAACGUGUGCCGGAAGCGGCUGGAGGACAGUCUGUCCAUCCACUGCGAGAUAUGCGAAUACUUCGUGCACGCGGAUUGCCAGGACUUCGCUGUGGCGGACUGCAAGGAAAACGCCACCUACGUGCCGGGCAAGGAACUGUCGAACGUGCACCACCAGCACCACUGGCGCGAGGGCAACCUGCCCAACAACUCCAAAUGCGCCGUUUGCAAGAAAACAUGCUGGUCGGCAGAAUGCUUGGCGGGCAUGCGGUGCGAGUGGUGUGGCAUUACGUCGCACGCCGUGUGCCACAAGCAGAUCUCGGGCGAGUGCACGUUCGGCAACCUGGAGCCCAUCUACCUGCCGCCGCACGCCGUCAGCAUCCCCCGCACGGAGGUCCCCAUGGAAACCAUCAUUGGCGUAGGGCUGUGAUGGUAGAGGGAGCCGAGUUUCAGCUGUCAUGAAGCGCCUGUCUCUUGUUUUGCCUCGCAGCUGCCAGGGCAACUGUCACACCUCCCCUCCCUACAUACGAGGUGACUGUAUAGCAUGUUGAGUGUGUUGAUGUUCUAUUCAGCAUGAUGCACUUGCUUCUUCCAUGUUGUUGUCCAAAGCUGCUUCUUCCAUGUUGUUGUCCAAAGCUUUGCCUGCUGCUUUGUGUGCUGGGCAGCAGCUGUAUGCCUACGCAUGAUGCACUCUGCAGUACAUGCUACUAGUGUCUCGGACGAUUUUAGCAGUGGGGAUAUAACCAAGCACCGUGAUGAUGACUACCCUCAUGCACGUGGCAAGGAUAAAGAAAAAGAAGAUCGAGAAGAAGAGAGUAUCAAGGUCUAUGAUGGCAACAUUUCAUAUCGCCGACGAAUUUUUCGUGUGGUAACUGUUCCCCGGCAGUCAAAUGUUGAGCAAUUUUUAACAGCAGCCUUAAGAGCUUUCCAUAUUACUCGAGAUCCAGGGAACUUCUACCUGACAGAUGUGUAUGCAGCAGAAGAUACUCGUUUGCCUGAGACCCGACUGGAAGACCCACUGCCAGUGAUGAAUUUGCAUCGCAAGGAAGGAAAAAGACCAGCUGUGUUUUUGCGUUUCAGGGAUCGAGACAACGAUAGUGGAGAAGUGCGGGUUUAUCCUGGAAAAGUUCAAGUGACAGAAUCAUUCUGCACCAUCCCUGUAAAUGCAGAUACAACUAUUGAGGAUCUCAUCAAGGAGGCUUUUGCACGCUUUCGAGUAGAAGGUGCUCGACCGGAGGACUUCCGCCUAAGUCAAGUUCUUUUAGAUCGUGGUGUGACUCAGAAUGUGAUGGAAGGUCCUGAACGACCAUGGGAAAUUGUAAAGCAAGUUGGGAAAGAUUCAAUUCGACAAAUGGAGUUGAUGCGCUUCUACUUGCAACUGAAACAAGAUCCACAUGGUCCUAACUUGGCUCUAUUUGUGGGGAACUUGCCUCCCAAUUUGUCAGAGAAAGAUUAUCAGCAAAUUCUUGAUGGCUUGCUCGGGAGUGAGAAUAAAUUUUCAUGUAUUGGACCAAUUUAUUAUGAGUAUGGAUCUAUGGUUAUUAUAUAUGAAGAUGCUGAUAAAGCAGUCCGAGCACUGUACAAAUUGAGAGAGUCCUCCUAUGAAGAUAAGCAUCUUUUAGUGAUGUUGCUGCCAAACAUUGAGCCAAGUGCUGUGCCUGCUGGAGUGCAACCUCUCCUAGUUUUUGUCAAUGUUAAAUCUGGAGGAUGCCAAGGCCUUGAGCUCAUUUCCAGUUUUCGCAAGUUGCUGAAUCCAUAUCAAGUGUUUGAUCUCGACAAUGGUGGUCCAUUACCUGGCCUGUAUGUGUUUAGACACAUUAAGGACUACAAAAUUCUUGUGUGUGGAGGUGAUGGCACUAUUGGUUGGGUACUGCAGUGCUUGGAUAAUGUUGGGCAGGACAGCGAAUGCUCCUCUCCAGCUUGUGCAAUUGUACCACUUGGAACUGGCAAUGACUUGGCUCGUGUUUUGCGUUGGGGUCCGGGCUACACUGGUGGAGAAGAUCCUCUGAAUUUACUGAGAGAUGUUAUUGAUGCAGAGGAGAUUCGUUUGGAUCGUUGGACAGUUGUUUUCCAUCCUGAGGAUCCAGACAAAGGUGCUUCUGUGACUGUGGUAAAUUCCACAGCCGGAUCCACCAAUGAGGAUAAUACCCAGAUUUUUGUUAUGAAUAAUUAUUUUGGAAUUGGAAUAGAUGCUGACCUAUGUUUGGAUUUUCAUAAUGCUCGGGAAGAAAAUCCAAGUAAAUUCAUCAGCAGGCUACACAACAAGGGAGUGUAUGUAAAAAUGGGAUUACGGAAAAUGGUAGGCCGCAAAAUGUGCAAGGAUCUGCACAAAGAAAUACGUUUGGAGGUUGAUGGUAAACUUGUGGAGCUUCCUCAGGUUGAAGGAAUUAUUAUUCUCAACAUUUUAAGUUGGGGAUCUGGGGCAAACCCGUGGGGACCUGAGAAGGAGGACCACUUCACCAAACCAAACCACUGGGAUGGAAUGUUGGAGGUGGUGGGCGUCACUGGUGUUGUACACCUUGGUCAGAUUCAAUCUGGUCUACGCUCAGCAAUGAGAAUUGCCCAAGGUGGGCAUAUAAAAAUCCACCUCAACUCAGAUGUCCCUGUGCAAGUGGAUGGUGAACCCUGGGUUCAAAGCCCUGGGGACGUUGUUGUGCUGAAGUCAGCCUUGAAGGCGACAAUGCUGAAGAAAAAUAAGAUCAAGCGGCGAAACACUGAACCCUCGAUUCUGCCGGCAGAUGGGGAGGGGGGCAAGAGCAGUGAUGACUAGAAACCCUCUCUCUCCUCUUCCUCACGGAUCUCUAUCUGGUGCAUAUUGGGAGUUGGGUGCUUCCUUCCUGUUCCACUUUAGUGUGCUAGUCUGCCCGUAAGGGCCUUCGUGCAUGAGUGAUACGUGUGUGUUUGGAUGUGUGUAUAUAUGAAUAAUUUUCAGCACCCAUGAAACAUUUGUGUCUUUGCUACAAACCAUUAAUAUUUCCAUUCAUUCCAUUCAAAUGGUUUCCUAUAUACCUUCCUUUGCUUGUGGAACUGCAGCUUUUCUUCCUAUUAAUGCAGUCUGUAAUUUCCUCACAAUUGUGUGUAUGCAUGGGUCCACUUUUUUAAGUAUUGACAACAAAUUCUUGUCUUUCCUUUGCACUGUUUUUUUUUCUUUCUCCUGUCCUUUCCCCCUGCGUGCCCCCCUCGUAGGCCACGAUGUUGAAGAAGAUGAAGGGCAAGAUGAAACGCCGCAACACGGAGCCGCUGAUGGUGGUGUCCCCGGGCUCACAAUUGACGGCGCCAGCGGACUUGUCAGCCAACCACAACAACUCAGCGUUCUGAAGGUGCCAGUGGUCCUGCCUCUCUUUAACAUCCCUGCAGAACAUCCGAACAAGUGGCACAGCAUAGAGGACAAGGACAAGAAGAAAAGAGGAUGUGAGGAAAAGUGCUAAAGAAAAUUAAUUGGGAAUAGCCCUAAAAAAUUUCUAUGAGAAGCAGAGUUAUUUAUAUAAUCAUGGAAUGCAUGGUUAUAAAAAAAAUAUGAACUAGAACCAGUUUUUGCUGGUUCUCUAUCAUUGUUACUUAGCAAAGAAAGUAUUUUGUUAUUAUUUAUUUUUCCUGUGUGUUUGCCAGUAACAAGUAGAUCUCAUUCCCCUGUUGUGUGAGGUGAGUGAUACUCUGGGGCUUGUUUGGAACCACAAGGACGUUCCAUGCCCUGGUGUUGAAAAGUAAGUGAGGUGAUAAAGCCCCUGUAGUCUUAUUUAUGUGUCUGUUGAUUCAUUCGUUAUUAAAAACUGCAGAAAAACUGGGCAUGGGUUUACACAAGAUUCUUGUGUGCGGCUGCAUGUACGCUUAAUUUUGCAUUUAUGUUACUAGUAAUGUAUAUUGUAAUGGUAAUAUUACUUUGAGUAUGGUAUUUUACCAAUGGACAAGGACUAAUCUAAAAAUGUUUGCACUGUUGUUCUUUGUGAUCUGUAUAGAAAACACAAAUGAGCAUUGGAAACAGUUGUUGACAAUGUAUUAUUAUAAUGUAUAGAUCUGUUUUGUUGUCGGUCAUAGCAUUGUUGUAGAUCUGAAGUUCAGAUCGUGUGUUAAGAUGAGAUCAAUAUAAACUAUCAUCAAUAGGAAUUGUACCUAAACUAGAUUUUCAUAUACUUUUGAAGCAUUUAACCAUGUAUCGUAGCAUGGAAUUAUCUAGUCACCAGUUUCUGCCUGGUAUGUGGAAAAUAUCACAACGAAAGAAGACUGUCAUUCUGACAAGGAAUCUUUGGAAUUUUUAUUCCACUUCCUUGAAUCUCAUAAAGAAUUAAUUUCCAAGCCAGGCAGUAACCUUUGCGAUAAGCACAUCAAAACAAUGACCUUAUUUUUCUCUGAAUGUGUCAUAAAAUGCCAUGGGUAUGAAAUGAACUUGAUGAGUAAAGCAUUUUUGCUGUGGUUCUCACUAAGACACAUUCCAUUAAUUUUUUUAAAGAGACCACAUGGAAUGAGCUUGGAAAGAAGGUUAAAAUACCCAUCAAUAAAUUUGACUACUCUCCCAAACCUGGUUGGUAGAGCUGGGUUAUGUGGAUGAAGUUUUGAAGAGUUUUAUAAUAAUCAUAAAACUCCAUUUUUCCCCCGAAUAUUAACUAACGAUCUGGCUAGUCUCUCUGAGCACGUUCUACUAGAAGGCAUGUUUGUUCAGUUCUAGGUCAUGUCGUUAUAGUGUGUGAUUAAUUCCAGAGGUUCCAGAACAUUAAGAAGGUACUGCAUUGAGAUAUUCACGGAGUUUGAAAGAAAGAAGGAAAUAAUAUUGUAUAUAUUUUCAGAAAAUUGAAAUAUUGGUUCUAAAAACCUUGUUUGAAGAUAUUCCCAAGUCGCUGAUGUCAUCCCAAAAGGGAAGGACUAUUACAGGCACCAGCUUCUUGGAUUGUUACAGAUGGCUAUGUAAAUCAGUGUUGGUGUUUGAGAAGUGGCAACCCUGGAAGUUUGUUGUUGAUCCAUGUUGAUCAGUGUGAAGGCUAGGAUUGUAUGAAAAAGACAAGCAGUAGCAGGCUCCUUCAAGGGAGGCGUGCCAGGAUCUAGUCGGGUCAAUUUUGGUCGUACUGCCAAAGCAGACGACUAUUGUCACUUGGCGCUUACUAGUCUAGUCAGUCCCCCCACCCUGUAGACCCCUCAUACUGAAUGUCAAACCGUGCGUGUCUGUUCAUUAAUUUCAAACUCUGAAAUGCUAAAGAACUAAAUUUUGUGGGAGUCUGGGUCCUUACCGGAAACGGAUUCCAGUCUCCCUAUUCCUAAUCCGCCAAAGGUGUAUGGGGCUCAGUUGAUCACGAGGUGCCAUUCCGGGGCUUAACUUCGUGAGCAAUACGCACGUCUGGUGGAUUGGUGAAGCUGUGUGUUCACCAUUUGAUCAAGGCAUCAUGUUGCUGUGCAUUGCAUUAAUUAGCUAACGUUACAUUACGCUCCGUACAAUCUUACACUAAAUGUGCUAUGUUUUUCUGUCGUUAUCCUGAUGCCUACUCAAGAGCGGAGCUGUCUCGGACACCAGAUUGCACGGACUCGGUACGAGCAGGCUCUCAGGCUUCCCGGCGUACGAGAACCUCAUUUAGCCGUAGUGUGGACCAUUCUUGGAUCAGUAAAGAUUCUGUGCCAAACAGUGGACAUUACUGGAUAUUCCAUGAAUGGUUCAACUCAGACGGCUCAGAAAAGUUUUAUUGAGUCUAUUGCAAUAAGGUCUCUACAAGAUAAGUUAUAUAUAUAAUAUAUAUAUACAUAUAUGUAUAUGAUGUGAUACUGGUAAUAUAGAAAACAUUAUAACUUGUGGAAUAGAGAAGUAUUAAAUGUAACUUCCGAAAGCAUGUUUUGCAGUUAUUUACCUCUUCCUUUUGGUUGUGUACCAUAAUUGAGGCAAGUAUAUUCCAUUUCUUUUCUAUCUAAAAUAGGAGUAUUGUAAUUCCUUGACACCACUAGUGAUAAAAACAUCCCAAUGUGAAAGAAAAAAAGGUUUUAAUAAACAAGGCUAAGAAAAGCUAAAGUCACCAUUCAGGAAGAAAAAUAACAGAAAACUGACUGAGUAAUUAAGGAAACAAAUGUGGUAAUUUUCCAUUUGGUGUUACAAUUAGGUCAGAAACCUUUCUUUAAUUUUUGUAUUAUUCCGAAUUAAUAUAAAAAAUUUGGAAUUUAAAAUAAUAAUCAUAAUAUUAUAAGAUUACAACUUGAAACUAAUACUGAUUGUAUUAGUUGCUAAUGAAUAUCAUAUUAUUAAAAGAAGUGAUUAGGCAUUUAAUAUAGUUAGGAAGUCUACAUGUAAAAUGACACUAUGCAUGUCAGAAGAAAAGAUAGAUACUUUCACUUUGUAUUUAAUAGUAAUGACCUUAACAGUUUUAAGUACCAAGCCUCUCAUCCUGUAAUGCAUUAUGGUUUAAUUUUGACUCAUAAAUGUGAUUGUAAAUAAAAUUUAUACUUCAU